AUGAAGAGAGAAAGGGAAGCCCUGUCCAGAGCCUUCAGUGCCCUGCGCCUCACUCCUUUUCUCUACCUGCUUCUGAUCCAGACAGAGCCCCUGGAGGGGGUGAACAUCACCAGCCCGGUGCGCCUGAUCCAUGGCACAGUGGGGAAGGCGGCCCUGCUUUCUGUGCAGUACAGCAGCACCAGCAGUGACAAACCCGUUGUCAAGUGGCAGCUGAAGCGGGACAAGCCAGUGACCGUGGUUCAGUCCAUCGGCACAGAGGUCAUUGGUACCCUGCGGCCCGACUAUCGAGACCGCAUCCGCCUCUUUGAAAACGGCUCCCUGCUUCUCAGCGACCUGCAGCUGGCCGACGAGGGCACCUAUGAGGUUGAGAUCUCUAUCACCGAUGACACCUUCACUGGGGAGAAGACCAUCAACCUCACUGUAGACGUGCCCAUUUCGAGGCCCCAGGUGUUAGUGGCUUCGACCACGGUGCUGGAGCUCAGCGAGGCCUUUACCCUGAACUGCUCGCACGAGAAUGGCACCAAGCCCAGCUACACAUGGCUGAAGGACGGCAAGCCCCUCCUCAACGACUCGCGGAUGCUCCUGUCCCCCGACCAAAAGGUGCUCACCAUCAGCCGCGUGCUCAUGGAGGACGACGACCUGUACAGCUGUGUGGUGGAGAACCCCAUCAGCCAGGGCCGCAGCCUGCCCGUCAAGAUCACUGUGUACAGAAGAAGCUCGCUCUACAUAAUCUUGUCCACAGGAGGCAUCUUCCUCCUUGUGACCUUGGUGACAGUCUGUGCCUGCUGGAAACCAUCCAAGAAGAAGAAGAGGAAGCUGGAGAAGCAAAACUCCCUGGAAUAUAUGGAUCAGAAUGAUGACCGCCUGAAAGCAGAAGCAGACACCCUCCCACGAAGCGGAGAGCAGGAGCGGAAGAACCCCAUGGCACUCUACAUCCUGAAGGACAAGGACUCCCCGGAACCCGAGGAGAACCCCGCCCCAGAGCCUCGGAGCGCGACGGAGCCCGGUCCGCCCGGCUACUCCGUGUCGCCGGCCGUGCCGGGCCGCUCGCCGGGGCUGCCCAGCCGCUCUGCCCGCCGCUACCCGCGCUCUCCAGCGCGCUCCCCCGCCACGGGCCGGACGCACACGUCGCCGCCCCGGCCCCCGAGCUCGCCCGGCCGCUCGCGCAGCGCCUCGCGCACACUGCGGACUGCGGGCGGCGUGCACCUGAUCCGCGAGCAAGACGAGGCCGGCGCGGUGGAGAUCAGCGCCUGA